AUUGUACCAUCGGCAAAAAGGAAAGAUUGAUUGCUUGGUCUUAUCAGGGAACAAAUUCCGAUGAUUAUGUUAAUGAUGAUGGUGUCGGGGGUGGCCAGGGUCGACCCCUGGCUUGUUGUGCCUUCGUGGUCCAUGAUUUGUUGUGCUUCUCCGCACCGACAAGCGAACGAACGAACCUGAAUCAUCUAUCUGCAUCACCUCCUUCCUCUGCACCAUGGAUGGGGACACGACAGUCCUUCGCAAAGUCUUGAUCACAGGCGGGAGUGGGUUUGUGGGCUCUGCUAUCGCUCGAGCUUUCGCAGAACAUCCAGCAUGUGCGAUCACCGUGGUAGACUUGACGCCGCCGGGGCCAACACACGUUGUACCAGAGCAGGCUUCAUUCAUCAAAGCCGACAUCACAGUACAAGAUGAAAUCUGCAGAGCUGUUUGCCAGGUCGAGCCUGAAGUCCUUAUCCACACGGCUGGAUUCAUCCCUCCUCUCAGUGAGCGGUUUGGACGGAAGCUACAGGCGCUCGUGUGGAAGGUCAACGUCCAAGGAACCAAGAACGUCUUGGAGGCUGCAAAACGGGCUGGUGUACAGGCGUUGAUCUACACCAGCAGUUGCUGUGUCAUCACUGAUGAUCUGGGUAUUCCGCAUCCAAAUAUCGAUGAGCAGUGGCCAGUGUCGCCAUCGUCGCUCAUAUACGGAGAGUCUAAAGCAGCCGCGGAAGCAUCGGUUCUUAAGGCAUCGGCCGAUACGCUCGUCACCUGCGCUCUCCGGCCAUCGGUCCUCUGCGGGCCUGGAGAUCAUCAAUUGGUCCCGGCUAUUCAUGCGUGCAUUGCAAAAUUUGAGACCCCGUUUGUUAUUGGCGAUGGAUUCAAUCUAUGGGACGUCACGUACGUGACUAAUGUAGCGGAUGCCCAUGUUCUCGCGGCCGAAAACCUGCUGUCUUCCAAGACAGCAGCUGGCGAGGUCUUCUUCAUCCAGAACAAUGAGCCCGUCCCUUUCCGUGAUUUCUGCCUGGCGAUAUGGGCUCAUUUCGGGCACUACCCGCCCAUUGAGCUCCACAUCCCUCAAACCCUCGCGUACAUUGCUGGAUUCCUGUCCGAGUGUUUCACCUGGCUUCGCGGGACGACGACGCUGAGCCGCGGCAGCGCCCGGGACGCGUGUUCAGUCAGGUACGCAAGCGGAGAAAAGGCAAAAAGGAUCUUGGGGUAUGAGGCUCGGGUUGGGUUCGACGAUGCUGUCCGUUUGAGUUGUGAGGAUUAUGCCCGUCGGCUGGGCAUCGAGCUACCUGCCCAAAAGACAAAGUAUUGAGGAGAACCCCUUUCUUUUUUUUUUCUCAUCUGGAAGAUUCGAUCAUCAAAGAGGGAGGCUGAUACAACGGCCCCCAUCGUCUCAACUUGAGGUGGGCUCCUGUAAGCAAUAGUAUGCGAGUGGCGAGACUUCAAAUCCUUGUUCCUUGUUGCCUUCCUGUUUCUAGAGGAGCGCCGCAGAUGUCACCGGGUAUCAGAUCGUCCUCUCCGAUCAAUCUUGAAAUGUCAUUCCUGCCCUAGAAAUCGACCUAUAGCCCGUGAUAGCCGAUUGGGUCUUCCUUUGAUAGCUCAUCGUGCUGUCAGCGUGUAUUGUCUCUGGGACUCACUCGGUCACUC